GUGAGGACGGGGCGUGAGUCGUGCUUGGGUGGCUCAGUUGGUUCGCAUUCGCUGCUCGGCCGCCGAGCUGGACGGACGUGUGGCAGCAGCGCUAGGAGGGCUGGCGUAAACAGCGGCUGUGUGGCUGUAACGAGGACUGCAGAUGGCGCUGCUCCUGGACUCGUGGAUCACCGAGUUGAUGGUCGUAUUGUCGGCGGCCGUUUUCGCCGUCUACCUGUGGUUCUCCAGUAGCUACCGGUACUGGAAGAACAAGGGGGUGCCUUACGCAGAACCUACAGUCCCGUUUGGAAAUUUCUGGAGAAACUUUUUCGGCCAUGAGUCUAUUGGUCAGACCCUGCAGAACUUAUACAAUCAGCUGCCAAGAGAGAGAUAUGUCGGGUUUUACGGAUUUCAUCGACCACUGCUGCUUAUCCGUGACCCUGAACUCAUCCGCCACGUCCUUGUCAAGGAUUUCGGGACGUUCCACGACAGGGGACUGUUCAUCGACGACGAAGAACCUCUCAACAAACAUCUCUUUUUCCUGGCAGGAAAGAAGUGGCGCCAGCUGAGAAACAAAUUGAGCCCUACGUUCACAUCCGGCAAACUGAAGGGCAUGUUUAAGACGAUCCAGGACUGCGGGCAAGAGAUGGCGGACGUGAUUGGAGAGAUGGUGGACCGCGGGGAGUCGAUGGAGGUGCGCGAGCUAAUAGCACGGUUCACCACUGACGUCAUCUCAUCCGUCGCCUUCGGUCAGGAGUGCAACUGCCAGCGGAACCCGGAGCACGAGUUCCGACAGUGGGGGCGCAAGUUCUUUGAACCCACCUGGCAAUCAAGCAACGCUUUCGUUCUGAGCUUUGUGAGCCCAACACUAAUGGAGUAUUUAAGGGUCAAGGGAGGAGUGACGAAUAUCAGCAAAUAUUUCCAGCAGAUGGUUGCAGACACUGUCGCUUACAGGGAGAAGAACAACUUUACAAGGAAAGACUUCAUGGACCUCCUCAUUCAGCUCAAAAACAAGGGAUACGUAGACCAUGACAAAGGAGAGGCAGUGGAGAAUGGGCAGCAGAAAGGAGCCGGCACCACCGACAAAUUGUCGAUGGAAGACAUGGCAGCGCAGGCGUUCGCCUUCUUCGCUGCAGGCUUCGAGACUUCUUCAACAGCGACGAGCUUCACGCUUCACGAACUGGCGCUCAACCCCGACGUACAGAGCAAGCUGCACGAUGAAAUCGUCGCCGCGCUCGAGGAAAACGGCGGUGAAAUUUCCUACGACACCAUCGGCAAAAUGACUUACCUCGAAAAGGUUGUAUCCGAGUCUCUCAGGAAAUACCCACCAGCACCAGUUCUGAACAGAGAGUGCAACCAAGACUACAAGAUUCCAGACAGCGACGUCGUUCUGGAGAAGGGUACUGCAGUCGUGCUGUCUGUGCUGGGCCUCCACCACGACCCCACGCAUUUCCCUGACCCCGACCGCUUCGACCCUGAGAGGUUCUCCGAAGAGGCCAAAGCUAGACGCCAUCCCUAUGUCUUCCUGCCUUUCGGGGAGGGACCACGCAUUUGCAUAGGUAUGAGGAUGGGCCUGUUGCAAACCAAAGUGGGUCUCGUGAACAUACUGUCAAAGUAUAGCGUACGAACCACGCAGAAGACAGUAGCAAACGUGGAUUACCACCCUAGGUCCAUAAUCCCCUUGUUUAAAAGUGGAAUCCAUCUUCAGUUUAUAAAGCGUUUCUAGGAGGACAACAAUGAAGAACAACAUUCAGGAGUAGAGUGAUCAAUAUAGAUGCCUGAAGUUUGUGCUGUCUAUGUAAUUAAGCAUUAUGAGACGCAGAUAAAACUUUCCCAACGGCUUUAUACAUUGUACUUGUGCACUUAUUUUAAAUAAAUACACUACUUUCUGUGAU